GUUUUGUGUACUUCAUGCUGUGAGGAACUUUUCCGGUGCCAUUGCAUUCAAAAAACCCUUUAUUUCUUGUAUCAUAAUACAAAGAUAAAUGCACAUAUCUUGUUCCGCAUAAAAACAUAGUGUCAUAAUCAACACGGAAAUAAAUAUUCCUAAACCAAGCAAAUAUAUGCGAACUCUAUUUAUGACAUAUAGACCUAUUUAGACACACAUACAUACACACAAAUAGAUUCAACAGGUAUUUUUUUCGAAAACCCUUUUAAUAGUGUCUUCUUUCUUUUUACCUUUCACUUAAUAAAAAUGUACGAGUCCCAUCAAGACACAGCAACUAAUGAUAAACAUACUUUUCCUGAGCCAAAUACUUAUGAUUAUGCUUCACAACUCAUGUUUGAUGCUAAUGCCUUUGCAACAAUGACACAUCCCUCCAUUGAUCUCAACACAGCUUACCUUGACUUUUUUCAACAACAACAACAAAGACAUCUUCAGCAACAAGAGUCCUUUGAAAUGCUGCGUUACCAAACAGCCAUGCAACAAUCACACGACUAUGCGUCUUCUUGCUCGUCUUCUUCCAACACAACUCCACCUACCACUUAUCCCCCAUUGCAGACAUCAAAUUAUCCUUCCUUGAGCACUUAUCCUAUGAUGGCAUUCCAUGCUCAUCAACAAGGAGAGAAUUUACCUUUAGAUUCGUCUACAAACAGUAUAAACUAUCCUAUUCCAUACGACCAUCAUCAUGCUGCUGCUGUUGCUGCCUAUAUGAAUGGACCACCUAUGCCAUCACUUUCUACUUCUACUUCAUCAACAUCGUCUCUAUCUUCUUCAACUGACCGAGGACAGACAAACCAAGUCUAUGUUCGAAAAGCAUGUGUAUCAUGUAAGCAAUCGCAUGUUGCUUGUGAUGUACAGAGGCCUUGUGCCAGAUGUGUUCGACUAAACAAAGCAGACACCUGUGUCGAUGCAGAGAGAAAGAAAAGAGGAAGACCUUGUGGCUCAAGUAAAAAGAAAAAAGAGACAAUGCAAAUGGCUGCUGCUGCUGCUGCUGCUGCUGCUUAUAAGCAAUUUCUAUAGAUCUAUUUAUUUUAAUUUAUUGAUACAUAAACAAAGGGUCA